CUGCCGCGGAGGACAGCCCUCUGCCCGAGGACCAGCUCGGAAGAAUGGCGGCCGCGGACACAAGAACGGCGAGGUGGAGUUGUGGGCCCCCAACCUGAGGAGUGAGCUGCUUCCAAAGCCAUGGAAAGAAAUGACAUCAUUGACUUCAAGGCUUUGGAGAAAGAGCUGCAGGCUGCACUCACGGCUGAUGAGAAGUACCAGCGGGAGAAUGCCGCCAAGUUUCGGGCGGUGGAACAGAGGGUGGCUUCCUAUGAGGAGUUCAGGGGCAUUGUCCUUGCAUCACAUCUGAAGCCACUGGAGCGGAAAGACAAGCUAGGAGGAAAGAGGACUGUGCCCUGGAACUGUCACACUACGCAGGGGAUGACCUCCCAGGAUGAAACCGUUGAAAUCUCCCAGGAAAAGAUGAUCCUGCAGCCGGAGACCUCAGCAGAGUUCUACCGUGAUUGGAGGCGGUACUUGCAGAGUGGGCCGGAGCGCUACCAGGCCCUGCUGCAGCUUGGAGGCCCCAAACUGGGCCAGCUCUUCCACAUGGAUGUGGGGUUUGGACUUCUAGGGGAGCUCCUGGUGGCACUGGCUGAUCACGUGAGGCCGGCUGACCGGCUGGUAGUGCUGGGCAUCCUGCGCAGCCUGGCCAGCACCAGGCGCUUUGCCCUGAACCUGAGCCUGAUGAGUCAUGCAGAGAGAGAGAGCUGCAAAGGUUUGUUUCAGAAGCUGCAGGCCAUGGGCACCCCCAGACCCACGAUGGGGGGUCUCAGCCAGGAGGAGCAGGGUCUGGAGGAGCAGCCUGGUGGGCUCCAGGAGGAGGAGAGGCUCCUACAAGAGCUGCUAGAGCUGUACCAAGUGGGUUGAUAGAGCCAGCUAGCUUUAGAGGCCCCCAGUGGUCACUGGAUACAUGUUUCGAUUGUCUUGGGGGCAACUGCAGGACUGUAAUAAGAUGCCCACACCCACUUCCCUUCUCGACUUAGAAUCUUCAGAGCAAAAGCUAGAAUCGAAUCUUCCCCUCUUCUCCACCCCCUCAGUGGCUCGAUAUUCUGAACUGUAUAGAUCCACAGGAUGGCCAAAGGCCCAGGAAGUUAAAAGCGCUUUGCUUCCCACCCUUCGGGGCUGUCAGGCAUGUAGCUUAUAACCCUGAGAGAUGGCCAUGUGCCCAACCAAAUGCUGGCUACACCUGUUACAGCCUCCACCCAAAAAAGGGAAAAAGCAAAAUCAUUCAUCUUCCAUGGUAAACAAAUACUGAGCUCCAUAGCUUUU